AUGCAUCCUCCACCUGGAUUUCUUCAUCCUCCUAACAAAGUCUCUAAGCUUCAACAUGCCUUUCCAUAUGAUUCUGCUUUGUUUAUUCGUUGUACUGAUAAUGGCAUUGUUCUCCUAGUUCUUUAUGUUGUUGAUAUGAUAAUAACUGGUGAUGAUGCAGCCUGUAUUUCACAGUUACAACAGUAUCUAAAUCAACAAUUUGAGAUGAAGGAUCUUGGUCCUCUACGUUAUUUCUUGGGUCUUGAAGUUUCAUCCAACUCAGAUGGCUACUAUCUUUCUCUGGCAAAGUAUGCUUCAGACUUGCUUUCUCAAACUAGGAUCACAGACAAUAAGACUGUUUCGACUCCCUUGGAACCAAAUGUCAAGCUUACUCCUGUGGAUGUUCUCCUCUCGAUGAUCCUACUCUCUAUCACCAAUUUUUCACUUGGUCAGUCAGUUUAUCACCGCUCCUCACACAUCUCAUUUCUCUACUAUUCUUCGAAUACUUCGCUAUGUGAAGUGGACUCUCUUUCAUGGACUUCAUUUUUCAUCUCACUCUUCUCUAAUACUUUCUGGCGCAGCAAGAAACAGAUUGUCACCACUUGUUCUAGUACAGAGUCAGAAUAUCGUACCCUUGCAGAUGCUACUGCGAAGUUACUUUAG